AUGGAUCGUUCUGAGCGUUAUUACAAAAAGAAAAUAAAUUUGGCAGAAUUAACGGAUGAAGAAUUAAUGGAAUUCAUUGAUUCUGUGGAAGUCGAAGACGAAACUUUUAGCAGUGAUAACAGUAUUGUUGACCCAGACUAUGUCGUUGAUAACAUUGAGUAUAAUAACUCAGCUGAUCAAGUGAUUGAAGAAUGCAUGAAUGAAAUGGAUGAGGCUGAAAAUACGGAUGCAUUUAUCGCAGAAGGAAUGAAUUUAUCAAUGAAUACCAGUUCAAUUGAACAGCCAGCAGCUAAUUCAACAUUAAUUCUCGAUGAAUCAGUUGGUUUGCAAAAACCGUCCACAUCUUCAGCGGCCAUAACAAAUAUACCAUUAAAAUCAGUCAAAAGGCCCCGAUCACCAUUGCCAACCGUUGAAGAAAGUGGACCAUCAGUUCAACCUACUUCUGGCGGCUUCACUGGAGAAGCUCUAACUGCAAUAUCGAGUAAAGAGUUGUCGAAAGCGAUCUGGCGUAAACGCGCUUUGCGUCUACAUGUCAACGAAGUGGCUUUCCGUGGCGAUUCAUCACUACCGUCGACUGUAAAAGAGCUCCAAACACCAAUGGCAUUCUUCAAUUUCUUUUUCACAUCGGAAAUUUUGGAGAUGAUAGCUAAAGAGACAAAUCGUCGUGCUUUAGAGGAAAAUAUUAACUCCACCUUUAAAACGACAAGUGCUGAAAUCAGACAUUAUAUUGGAAUAAUGAUAUACAUGUCCGUUUAUCACUAUCCAAAUAUAGACAGCUAUUGGGGACAAAAUUCUUUUAAACCAAUUCAAAACUGUAUGCCAAUCAAACGAUUUAUUGCCAUAAAAAAGUAUUUAUCUUUUCAAGAAGAAUCGCAGAGAAUAAAAAAGGGUCAACCGGGCUAUGAUCCACUCUUCCGUAUCCGUGCAUUGGCUAACAAACUCAACGACCGAUUCGAUUCAGUCCCGAAGUCAGCCAGGCUUUGCGUCGAUGAAAUGAUGUGCAGCACAAAGACGAAGCACCAUCUUCGCCAAUAUAUGCCAAACAAGCCGCAUAAAUGGGGCGUAAAGUUGUUUGUGCUUUGCGAUACGAAUGGCUUUGCCUACCGUUUCGAAAUCUACAACGGUGCCGGAGAUAAUGUUAUCCUACCUAACACACCUGAUCUUGGAGCCACAUCAAAUAUUGUUAUUCGUUUAUCACAAACAAUUCCCGAUUUCGUUCAUCACAUACUCUACUUUGACAACUUUUAUACAUCAUUGCCUCUGUUGGUAUAUUUGCGAGCUCGUGGAAUUUAUAGUUUAGGCACAGUGAGAGCUAACCGCAUACCAGGUUGCAAGCUACCGACCGACGGCGAGGUCCGCAAAGAGAGUAGAGGAUUUUCCACCGAAUACAUGACCUCAGUUCAAGGAAUCGAUCUGAAUACGGUUUUAUGGAAGGAUAACAAAUGUGUGCGCCUGGCAUCUACAUAUGUUGAUAUUGAACCAUUUUUGAGAGCCAAUCCUGAUUUGCAAACAGCGAAGGUGUCCCGAUAUGAUAGAAAACAAAAACACUUCAUCGAAAUAAACUGUCCGCAAAUCAUACGGGAAUACAAUGCUCACAUGGGUGGAGUCGACCUGAUGGACAGUCUUAUGGGUCGCUACCAUAUUCAGGCUAAAAGUCGAAAUAUUAUGAUGCGACUUUUCUAUCAUUUUGUGGAUAUGGCGGCUACGAAUGCCUAUAUUUUGUACAAACGUGUGCGUGCUGAGAAAGCAAACGAUUCCAGCAAUGUAUCCCAAGAAGAACAACAAUACAACCUUCCGCAAUUCCGUGAGGAAAUAGCUGCAGGUCUUGUUUCUUUCAAAGAAAAACGGCCUGUAGGUAGGCAGUCAUCUGUGCAAGGUAUCGAUCGCUCGGUAUCUCAACAGCCUAGCCCCUCAAUAAUUGGAAGAAGAGCUGUUCAUCAAGUUGAUGAUGUUCGAUUCGAUGGCCAAGAUCAUUUCCCGAUUUGGAUGGAUAGAAAAGGGAAAAAACGGUGCAAAUAUUGUAAGAAAUCAGACACACAAGUCACUUGUUCCAAGUGUGACCUUCAUUUAUGUUGUACAGCUGAUAAAAAUUAUUUUUGGGAUUACCAUCACAAAAAUUAAUAACUGUUAGGUUAUUCCUUACCCUAGUCAUGCCUCGAAGUCAAAUGAAAUUGAUUAAUUUUAAGAAAAUUGCCUGAAUAACUUAUUUUUCCUAAUAAAAUUGUUUUAAAAACA